UCAUUUUGAACCCUUCCUUUCUCUUUCAUUCUUCUAUCUAUCUAUCUAUAUAUAUAGCAUCCACUCUUAUUCCAUUUUUCAUAAAUUAAUUUUCAUCUACAAAAUUCACCAUACCACUUUUCAUCAACACACACAAAAUUCAAUAUUCAAUAUUCAAUACACAAACAAACCCUUUCAAUUCAAUUAAUCAGUCCAUGGUUUCUUCACAAAUAUUUUCAGCAUCUAAUUUAUGUUCUUCUUCUUUAAGAACUGUUAAUGCUGCUAUCCAUCUUCCUAAACUUCCACGUCUCCCUAAUUUCUCAAUUCCUCAAUUACCAAAUACAAGACAACAAAUCAUUCAGGAUUUUAAUGGUUCCAUUGAUCAUAAUUCAAUCAAAUUAGAACAAAAGAUUAAUAAUAAUGACAGAUCCAACAAUAUUAACAACAAGUCAAAUGAGAUUAUUAAACUCUAUGCAGUUUUGGAGGCUGUUUCAGACAGAAUUGAGAUGCAUCACAACAUCGCCGAACAACGUAACAAUUGGAAUACACUUCUUUUGAAUUCAAUCAACAUGAUUACUCUUACUGCUACAACUAUGUCUGGUGUUGCUGCUACUGCUGCUACAUCUUGUUCUGAUUCAUCACUUUUGGCUUUGAAGUUAUCUUCUGCUCUUUUAUUCUCUGCAGCUACUGGAAUCUUACUUAUCAUGAACAAAAUUCAACCUUCUCAACUAACCGAAGAACAACGAAACGCUACAAGAUUGUUUAAGCAGAUUCAAAGUCAAAUUCAAACAAAAAUUGCUCUUGGAAAUACUAGUGAGGAAGAUGUGAAGGAAUUAAUGGAGAAAGUUUUGGCACUUGAUAAAGCUUAUCCACUUCCUUUGUUAGGAGUAAUGCUUGAAAAAUACCCUGCAAAAUUUGAGCCUGCGAAUUGGUGGCCUAAGUCGAAAAAAGGAAAAACACAAAGCAAGAAAAUAGGGAAAAUGAGUAAUGGAUGGAGUCAAGAUUUAGAAAUGGAAAUGAGGGAAGUUGUUGAAGUGAUUAAGAGAAAAGAUUUCGAGGAUUACGAAAGACUUGGAAACAUAGCUUUGAAAGUCAACAAGAGUUUGGCAAUUGCAGGGCCAUUACUCACUGGAAUUGCAGCUAUUGGUUCUACUUUUAUAGGUAAUGGUAGUUCUUUGGCUUCUUUUGUACCUCUCUUGGCUGGUUCAAUGGCGGCCGCUGUUAAUACUUUUGAGCAUGGUGGACAAGUUGGGAUGGUUUUUGAAAUGUAUAGAGCUUCUGGUGGCUUUUUCAACUUGUUAGAAACCUCAAUUGAAUCAACUUUAGGAGAGAAAGAUUUUGAGAAAAGAGAAAAUGGAGAGCUAUUUGAAAUGAAGAUGGCUUUGCAGUUGGGAAGAAGUGUAUCAUCGCUAAGGAAACUUGCAUCAAAAUCAGCUUCUUAUAGGAUGGAAGGUGUUGAGAUAGAUGAAUUUGCCAGCAAGCUCUUCUAAGAUGAUUCUUAAAAACAAAUACAAUUUUUUUCUUUCUUUGAUGUAUAGAUCACAUAUUCUUUUAUUCUUUCAUGGACAUAUAUUGUUAGUCCUCUAACUUAGAAAGCAAAUGUAAAUAUAGACUACAGAAAUCUGAUUUUGAAUAUACAAUUUUUUGCCUCAUCAUGUCACUGUGUAGAUGAACUCAUGGUAUAUAUAUUUCUUUUAAAA